AUCCUUUGUCAGCUCCGUCUUCAAGACAUCGUUUGAAAGGAAAUCUUUCGUGACAAUGCCGUCUGAACUGGAGAAGGCCUUGAGCAACCUCAUUGAUGUCUACCACAAUUAUUCCAAUAUACAAGGAAAUCACCAUGCCCUCUACAAGAAUGACUUCAAGAAAAUGGUCACUACUGAGUGUCCUCAGUUUGUGCAGAAUAUAAAUAUCGAAAACUUGUUCAGAGAAUUGGACAUCAAUAGUGACAAUGCAAUUAACUUCGAGGAGUUCCUUGCGAUGGUGAUAAAAGUGGGUGUGGCAUCUCACAAAGACAGCCACAAGGAGUAGCAGAGCUUCUGGCCUAGGGCUGGGUCCCUGGAUAUGUCUACAGAAUAAAGUCAUCAUAUCUCAGGUC